AUGCCACGUCUGUCUUUGCGCCUGGAGGCCGACGUGGCGGAUUUGGUUGAGAAGGCGCAGCAAACUCAGACUCUGAGUCCUGCUGUUGACCACUUUCUCGCUUCCCAUCAAAGCGGUUUUUUCGCACUCUUCAGCCGCCAGAUCGAACUCAUCAAGUCUCGCUCGCAGGACCUCAGAGACGCUCAGAUCACCAUCUUCGACAAGGCACUGUUGGCCCUCACGGAACACCCAAGAUGCCUCAUGCACCCGGCGUCGGUCAAGUUCUUCUGCGAAGAGUAUCUCAACAUCGACCUUGGAGGACCCAUCACACAAUUGACCCGGACUCUGCAGCAGACAGUUCAAGUCCCCGAAGCACUGAAGCAAGCUUUGCCCUCCUCUGACGACGCUACCAUGGUCGCACCAGACGUCGAACGCGAAAUCAAGAAGCCUUCAAGACCAUUGCCGUCCAUUUCGCAUCUUCGCAGAGACAUGGAACCCAGACUAGGGGCGUUGUGGUCCGUCUACGAGAUUGCUCGAGCCGAUUACCUGAUUGCGCUCGACAGAAACAACAGAGAAAAGACCAUCACCACUGCCAAAUUCCUCCGGGACACGGCCGAGAAUAUUCUGCUUUACCUCGAGAACAAGAACGCGGAUGCGUUGAUGAUAACCGAGCUCGAGGGGACGUUCAAGCAUGCGAAGAACACUGUUGUCUGUCUGACCGGUGGUAAAAUCAGAAAGUUUGACAAGGCAGAGAUUGAAAAUCUCAAGGGCGUGCCGCGCGGGCCGAGUCGAUUGAGCCAUCCCUAUUCCCACCAGUACCCCUACCCUUCAGACACCGAAAGCCGCUACAGCAGCACGGCGUUGCCCCAGGAAUUGAGUACGUCUGACCGUCCUGCUGGGUAUGACAAUCGAGGCCGCUCGAGACAUGGCGAGCUUCAUGCUCGCCGAGACGUCAGUCCAUACGCAGACCAGCCGACUCGCAGCAGUCAUUACAGCUUUGGCGGUGAGACAUCCUCGUAUGCGGUAUCUGCUUCCGACCCUGUCCGUCGUGGCCACUACAGCGAGUUGGAAGAUCGAGAUGGUCCGGAAAGCAGGAUGGUGACGCCAGAACCAGAAACUCGUCGUGAAUUCGACAACUGCCGAGAAGAGCGCAGCGCGUCACCUGAACCGUCAGCUCCCAGAGGCGAUGGCGGACGUGAUAGAAGCCGAUCGCGCAAGUAUCGCCGGCGCUAUAGGUCCCGAUCAUCCGACAGCCGACAUUAUCGUCCAUCUCUUCGACGCCGAGAGUUCCCACGCCAAACCAGCAGGUCUGACGAUAGAGUCCCCGACCAAGGCCGAGCCACUGCCAGCAACGAAAGAGCCAAGAUUCCAAUGCCUGGACGUGGACACAGCGGGAUUCCCUACGGUUAUAAUAGCGAUAGACUGGUCGAUUCGUAUCGGCCUGGGGAUCGCGGUGAGGAUGAUCUGAGUAUGAACGAGGACGAAAUUCGAGGAACCGACUCGUGGACGUGA